UUCCCACGUGUCUCGAAGGAAGCACUAAUAUGGCGGCGACCUGAGAUUUGAGCAGCCGCGGCUUAACACAGACGCGUUUGCCAGGAAAGUAAUGUCGGCGCUUCAGUGAGCGACUGAGACGUGUAUAAUCUUCAUAACUGAGGGCAUUAGACGCAGCCUGUCUGGGGAUGAGGAUGUGCUUUCCUCCUCCCGUGUACGCGACUGCAACGUGAUCACCCGCCUCCCCCCAGGCGCGGAACCCGGACCGGAGGCGUCGCAGUGCCAGUGGGCGUGCUGUCCGUUCCAGCCCCCAGUAUCAUGGACGGCGGGGACGGCGAGGACCCUGUGGUUCAAGAGAUUGAUGUUUACCUGGCUAAAAGCCUUGCAGACAAGCUAUACCUUUUCCAGUAUCCUGUGCGUCCUGCUUGUAUGACAUAUGAUGAUGUCCCUCAUUUAUCUGCCAAAAUAAAGCCCAAACAGCAGAAGGUGGAGCUCGAGGUGGCCAUUGACGCCAUGAGCCCCAACUACUGCCGCAGUAAAGGGGAGCAGAUUGCUCUCAACGUGGAUGGAACUACCUCGGAGGACUCAAACACCUAUUCCACGAAGAUGAUGGACAAGCAAACCUUCUCUUCCAUUCAGGCUACCACCAACACCUCCCGUUAUGCGGCUGGAGUCUUUCGAAAAGGGGAGCUUCACCUCACCCCUCUGCACGGGAUCCUCCAGCUGAGACCCAGUUUCUCGUACCUGGAUAAAGCAGACACCAAGCACCGCGAGAGGGAGGCAGCUAAUGAAGCUGGAGAUUCGUCUCAGGACGAGGCUGAGGAUGACAUCAAGCAGAUCACGGUGCGGUUCUCGCGGCCCGAGUCCGAACAGGCCCGUCAGCGUCGCAUCCAGUCCUACGAGUUUCUCCAGAAGAAACAGGCAGAGGAACCAUGGGUCCACUUGCACUACAAUGGUGUCAAGGACAGCCGCUCUGAGCACGAGAGGCAGUAUUUGUUCUGUCAGUCCAUGGAGGUGACGGAGAAUACAGAGCUGGUUAAAACGCGCAGUGAGUACCUGUCUAUGCUCAUGCCCCCUGUAACAGAGGAGAAGGUCGUGAAGCCAGUGGGUCCCAGUAAUGUCUUGUCCAUGGCCCAGCUGCGGACCCUUCCUCUCGGUGACCAGGUCAAGACCCUGAUGAAGAACGUGAAGGUGAUGCCCUUUGCCAACCUAAUGGGGCUGCUGAGCUCAGGCACAGACUCUACUGCAGUGUUGCGUUGCAUCCAACAGGUGGCGAUGCUUGUCCAGGGGAACUGGGUGGUGAAGAGCGAUGUGCUGUACCCCAAGAACAGCUGCAGUCCUCACAGUGGCGUGCCGGCAGAUGUGCUGUGUCGCGGCAGGGACUACGUGAUGUGGAGAUUUACCCAAGAGCGCUCCGUGUUGCGAAAGGAGGUGGCUGCUAUCGUCAAGCUUCCUCCGGAGGACGUGAAGGAUUUCCUGGAGCAGAUGUCUGUUCCCCGGCUCAACCGUGGCUGGGAGUUCCUCCUGCCCACCGACACAGAGUUCGUGCGGAAACACCCAGACGUGGCGCAGAGGCAGCACAUGCUCUGGCUCGGCAUCCAGUCCAAGUUGGAAAAGGUUUACAGUCUCUCAAAGGAAGAUAUGGUGGCGAAAAAGGCUGAUUCCCAACCAGGAGUGCAGGUGAGUGGGGAGCAGCGGCUCCAGGCUGCCAGGCAGCGGGCCAAGGAGAACCAGGCCUCCCUGCAAAAAGAUUUUGAGCGGCGUCGGCAGACGGGUGCAGAGAGCGCUGGCGUGCGGGUCAAAGAAGAGCCCCUGAGUGACACAGAGGAGCCCAUGGACACCUCCCUCCCAAACGGUUUGCUCAAUGGUUACCCCGACGGCAUGUCCUCCACGGACUCCUUCAACGGCCACGGCGCCCACGCCCCCAGCAAGGAGCUCCAGGACUUUGUGGAGGCCACGUUCCGGAAGCACUAUGUCCUGACGCUGAGCGAGGUGAAGCGGCUCUUCAACCUGCAUCUGGCUAGCCUGCCCCCAGGGCACAGCCUGUUUGGGGGCAUCUCCGACCGCCUGCUGCAGGACACUAUUCUCCUGAGCAACUGCCGUCAGAUCGCGGUGCCUUUUCCUUCUCAGAGCUCUGCUGCGAUGGAUGAACAAAAGGUGUUUGCGCUGUGGCACACAGGAGAAACCUUUGAUAAGCAUCGACACAUCCUGUUUGACAUCUACAUGAAACACUACCGAGUGAGGAGGAACGUCAUCCAGACCCGACUGACUCAGGAGCUGGGGGAAGAAGUCACCAAGGCUGACAUCGAUAGACUGCUGAAGGAAUGCUGCAUAAGCUACGGAGGCAUGUGGUACCUGAAGGGCACAGUGCGUUCCUGACACAGAGUGAACGGCCAGAGGAGGGUUCCAUCAUCCAGUCUUCUCCUCCGCCGCUGAGUGGGUACGCUCUACAAGGGAAGGGGGAGCAGACACAUGGAACAAUGACCGCCCUGCCUCCAGCCAGCCGGAUGGGGAAAGGGGGUAAAGAUGUCAGCUACCUGCUCCAGACUACAUGCCAUUGUUAAAUCGCCUGAAGUCAUAGUUGAGCUUGGAAGAGGAUAGCAGGGAAAUCGCUGAAGCUCGAGUGCAACACCUUGUUUUCUCACAAAAGGGCUGGUGGAGUGAAUGUUGCGAGCGUAUGCGUUGCGUAGAUGAGUUGGAUAAAUGUACGCAGUUCAAAAUCAAGUUGAAACAAGUAAAGAAAUGCUUAUUUAAUUAAAUCCUAAAUGGAAUGAAUGAUUGGUGACUAAUAAAAAGAACCAAAAUUCCUACACAUUAGGUUUUGUGGCCUUUGAAAGACAAGUCAGGUUUUACUGCUUUGCGGUAUUUUCAGAGGGUCUGUGCCUGUUUUUUGUUGGGCCUUAAAUGGUACAUCCCUUGAAGUUGGAGGCAUGUUUCUCCUCAUUCUCAUAUGGGUAAAGUGGGGCAGCAAACUGCACUUUUUCUUUGGCUUUUCACUCCGUGACAAAUGACAGAAGCUUUUUCAACCAAAGUAUUAUAUGAGGCAGUUGGAGAAUGUUGCUGUAGGAGGAACUGUCCAUAUUUUUUAUUUUAAUAACUUGACAGUUAAUUUCCUGUUGUUUGAAAGGUCCUUUAUUACAUUUUUUUGAUGUGAAUUUAGUAAGCCUAAUGACUUGUUUCCUAACAGUGAUGUCAGACUGAAAGAUACAGUACAUAGGUGUUCAUCAUUUUGUCCAUUUAAAGGUCUGUGUGAGCCCAACACACACAGCUUUCCGAAGUGUUCGACUGAGGAAAUUUCAGUCGAAUCCACUUAGCUCACAUUUGGCCUUUAAUUUGAAUAGAUCGCGGUGGUGUUGAAUGUUGAGUCUACAUGGGAAAACUGUUUUCAGAGCCGAAAGAAGAUGCCACCUAAUCUGCAGUUGAGCCCUGCUUAAAGUUGUACCUCCUUGCAUGCAAUUCAGGCUAAAUGAUGCAGGGAUUUUGUAACUUAAAUCAUGGAAUUUUUUUUCAUCUUUGCAUGAGCAGUGACUUAACCCCAUCGAACUGGCAACAGAAAAGUGUUUCCUGUCUGCUGCUGAAAAAGCCAACUCUUGAUUCCCCGAUGGCAGGGAUGCAUCAGUUUCCUUUCGCUCAUUUCACAGUCCAAAGGUUAAAGCUGGUUGUGCCUCAUCUUUUAAUGGUUACCUUGGAGGGGAACUCUUGUGUGCUUUUUAGAACUAAAAUGAAAUGGACCUUAACUACUUCACAGUAAAGUUUUAAAUUAUGCGAAAACAUUUACUUGUAACUACAGGAGGGUUGUUUUAUGUGAUUUGUUUUUUCUUUUUAAAUUCUGUUUGGGAUUAACUCAAAGUGCCGGUUGGCAGGUGAGCUGGGCUCUGUCUAGCUGAAUCUGCACAUACCGAACAACCCAGCCUGUUCCUCAGAUCAAGGGAAACCCUCAUGUUUUCACACAUUUGAGCAGGUGAUGGCCUUCAUGGGAACUACACUGCAGCAUAUCACCAAAGCUUAUUUGACAAGUCUCUUCUCAUCAUGUUGUUUGAGAGAAAAAUACCAGAAAGAACGAGCUAUUAAUGCUGCAAUGUUAACAUUUUUCAAAACAUUCCAGCGAUCCUCAGUCACCUAAUGACCUUUACAUGAUCUUUGCAAAGUUAUGCAACAGAAAAUGUAGAGAAUAUUUCUACAGGGUCUAAUUAACCUGACUGAAGAUAAGUAUGGUAUUUUUUCUCUGCCAGUUGUAUGUGGUCUUACUCAAUAAAGCACUGCAAUAACAAUCUCCAGUUGUACUUUUGGAUGUUCUAUAACAAUUUGCCACUUUAAGAUGUCAGUGUGCAGGUGAGCAGCUCUCUUCAGGAGGCCAGCAUGUGUUUCAGCAGGAUGCUCUUUCAAGAGUUGUGUGCACCUACAAGGGCUGCUAUCUGCCAGGUGGAAGAAUGAUGGGUCCUCCUUGGUCCUCUGGAUGCAGUCGAAGAUCUCCCGAAAGAGCGCCUUGUACUCCGGCUGCUGGCCUUCGUCGUC